AUGAAGGCUGAUAGUAAAGUUAUUAAGAACUCUUUCAGAUUUCUUAACUUCUGGGUUGAACAUGAGUCAUUUCAAAAUGUGGUCAAAGAAAACUGGGAGGAAUCUUAUGCUUCUCUUGAGAAAGUGGUGCAAGUUCAUGAGAGGGAAUUUGAACAGAAUCCUACAAGGCUGAAUAGACAGAGGCUGCAGAGGGUACAAGCUGAUUUGAUUAGAUUUUAUGCUAUUGAAGAGAAAUUUUGGAAGAAAAAAGCUGGUACAUGGUUAGAAUCUGAAGAGGAGACAACUCAGGAAGCAAUCAGAUUCUUCUCUGAUCAAUUUAGAGAAGAGAAUAAUCCUACUGACUUUUCUAUGCUGGAUAAGAUUCCUAGAAUGGUUACAGAAGAUCAGAAUCAGAAGCUUUAUGAAAUGCUGAUGUGCCGUAAAAGUAUUGUAGAGAACAUUGUACUGGUUCAAGAAAUUGUACAUGAUAUUAGAAUUAGAGGAAAACCUACUAAUGUGGUCAUCAAGUUGGACAUGGCUAAGGCUUAUGACAGGGUAUCAUGGUUAUUCUUGACCAAAGUGUUAAUGAAAAUAGGAUUUGGUGAAUUCACCAUUGAUCUAGUGUUCAGAAUCAUUUCUAACAAUUGGGCCCUGAAUUCAUUGUUUAAUGAAGCUAGCUACAAGGAGUAUGGAAUGCCAAAAUGGAGUCCAUAUGUCAAUCAUUUGGCAUUUGAGGAAUCUUUGUUAGGAAUCUUUGGAUUUGUUAAUCCUCUGGCCAUUAUCUUUACUUCUGCUAAUGAGGAAUCUUUGAGGCUGGUUAUGAAGACUCUAACAAACUAUGAAAAGAUGAGUGGCCAGAGGAUUAACAAACAUAAAAGUGCGGUGCUUAGCUCUUGGACUGGAAAGUUGUUAUCUAUUGGGGGGAGACCAACACUAAUCAAGCAUGUCUUACAAAGUAUGCCCAUCCACUUGUUAUCAGCCUGUGACCCUCAUGAUGGAGUACUUGCACAGAUACACAGGUUGGUUGCAAAUUUUUUUUGGAGUAACUCAGUUGGUAAUUCAAGCAAGCACUGGGCAACCUGGACAACUUUAUGUCAUCCAACAGAGGAAGGGGGUAUGGGAUUCAGAAGUUUACAAGAUAUGUCUAAAUCCUUGUUUGCAAAACUGUGGUGGAACAUGAGGACAAAGCAGUCCCUUUGGAGGACUUUUAUGAGCAAUAAAUAUUUGAAGAAGUUUCAUGCAGUGAUUGCUCCUAUUAAGUCAGGUACUUAUGUGUGGAAGAAGAUGAUUAAGCAUAGAGAUGAGAUUGAAUAUGAAAUUUGGUGGAAGGUUCAACAAGGCAAUUCCUAUUUUUGGUUUGAUAAUUGGUCAGGUUUGGGAGCUCUUUAUUACAUUACUCCACCAAAUUUUGUAUGUGAUCCAACCAUUAUUCUUGUAAAAGAAGCAGCAAAUGAAGGGCUUUGGGAUGAGGACAUGCAUAGAAGAGCUCUUCCUGUAGAACUGGCUGAUCACAUUGUGCAGAAUAUUAAACCUCCAGAUGAGAAUAUGCAGGAAGACAAGGCAUACUGGAAGUUGGACACUAGAGGCAUGUUUACAUUUGGGAAAUUUAAAUUGCCUUUGGAUGAUAAAUUGAAGAAAUGGGGUCAUCAAUUCCCUUCUAGAUGUUACUGUUGCCAACACCCUGAAGUGGAAGAUUUCUCUCACGUGUUCUUAAAAUCACCAACUGCUCAGGCUACCUGGAAGCAUUUUUGUAAUCCAGUUGGGAUAAAUAUUGAUAAUCUACAGGUUACUCAAAUAAUUAAUAGUUGGUGGGAUAUGCCUGGAAAGCCUCAUGUCAAAUGUAUUUAUCAAGUUGUCCCUGCUAUUAUUAUUUGGGAACUUUGGAAAAGAAGAAAUACCAUGAGACAUGAUGGGAAAGUAUCAAUCACUAAACUCAUCUAUCAAGUGAUGCAUACUUUGAUUCAGUUUAUGAAAGUGAGAAAAAGGAACUUCAAAUAUGCACCUUAUAGAUGGAGUGUUGUUGUGGAAGCUCUACAGAGAUACUCUUCACAGGUUAAAGUUAUUCAAGUUUAG